AUGAUUUUGGUUCAGCCCACAAGAAUAGACCCUCGAUAGCCAAACCAGAAGAGUCAAGUCCUAGCAGCGUUUUUUGCAGAGAACAAUUGUUACUUAAGUUCAAGUCCCUUACUACAAAUAGGUUCAUACUUCAUACUUUCAUAGACUCCACAUUUAGAAUUUUAUCAAAAUAAUAGUUAGCGCUGUUCCAGAUUUUCCCUAAAAGGAGAUAAGAAUCUACAAAAUUUUCUUUACAAAAAUGUGCAAGUUCAAGAAAGUAUCAUAACCCCCUUUACUUUCUUUCUGUAAUCUAGUGACCGAAUAUUUUGGUGCUUUAAUAAAAUCCAAUUUCAAUUAUCUAAUCACAGUUUGGUGCUUACAAUUAAUAUUGUGUACUAAAAACAUAUAUUCUUAUCUUUAAAUAUUUUUCUAUAAAAGGGUGCCCACAAAACCUUCAUUUAGAAAAAUGGUGUCUCUGACACACAACAUAUCCUUUCUCAUUCUCUUGUUCCUCGGCGUCCUUGCCCUCUCCUUCGUUUCCGACUGUAGCCCUCCUAAACCAUCACCGGAUCCCCACAACCCGCCAAAAAAUCCCGUCAAACCGCCUCAGUCACCUGCUGUCAAACCGCCAAAACCACCCAAGAAACCGCCCACCGUUAAACCACCUCCAUCAACCCCUAAACCACCCAUGAAACCGCCAACCAUUAAACCACCGACCCACAAGACUCCACCUGUGGUAACGUCGGCAACACCGUGCCCAGCAUCAACACUGUGCCCACCACCAUCACCGUGCCCACCACCAACACCAACACCAACUCCACCUGUCGUAACGCCGCCAACACCAGCCCCACAUGUUGUUACACCGCCAAAACCAGAGACUUGCCCAAUCGACACGCUGAAAUUAGGCGCUUGUGUGGACAUUCUUGGAGGUUGCAUUCACAUGGGAAUUGGUAAAAGCUACGCUAAGGAAACGUGUUGCCCGGUUUUGGGAGGUUUAUUUAGCAUGGACGCAGCAAUUUGCCUAUGUACUACCAUUGAAGCCAAAUUUUUCAAUAUGGACCUCAUCAUUCCCAUUGCUAUUGAGAUUCUUCUCGACUGCGGAAAGCCUCCACCUCCUGGCUUCAAAUGUAAGUUCGAUGAUAUUUUUGGGUAAUUGGAGGUUAAUUUGCGUGUGUGAAACCUUUACUCAUUUGUUUCAUUUGAUACGAUAAAAGGGGUUGUUUGGGUUUUCACGCUGUACUUUUAGGUUUAUAUCUGUGUACGCUUUAAUUUAUUUUUAUGUACACACGUACGUAUAGUAGGUUGUGGAGUAAAGAAAUGUGAUUUUCAUAGUCAUGCACAUUGUACUGAUGGACAUGUGAUACGUGCACUACAGCGUAGGCUACUGACCACGUACAUGCGCAUAAAUUUCGUUGUAUAUAUGUACACAUCUACGCCAACAAAUAUAUCAUAGUGUAUUCUUGAAAAAGUUGAUUAAAAGAUCAUUCUUAACAAAGUUUAUGUCUUAAUCACACAGACGAUUACAUCAUUAUUUUUGAGAAAUAAAAGGAAAUUAUGUCUAUAAACGGUAGAGAUUAAUCUUUUCUUCGUUCUAAAAAAAAAAGAAAGAUAUAUAUAUAUAUAUAUAUAUUCUAAACAAAUCUGCAUUGGUAGUUUCUUUUAGAAUAUCUCAAUUAAAAAUAUAUAAUUAAAAAAAAACGUGACAGACGGUUUUGUAGAAAUUUUUCAAAAAGUUAGAGAGACUCAUUUAUUUAUUUUUAUUUUUUUGAUAUAUUCUGUGGUUAAUUUGGCCAGUUUAGGGAGAAAAAAAAACACUUAGUGUGUUAUAAUGGACUGGAUACAACAUUAUCUGAUCCGAGUUUAGAAUGUCUUCUGAUUAUUGUCUGAGGGUGGACUGAACAUUCGUUACAACAUACCUUAUUAACCAUUUGUUCCAAAGCUCAAGCUUAGACUAACCAUACAGUAAUAGUUUAAUUCUAAGGAAUUAAACCUAUAACUGAUGUAGGUACAUACCAAAUUCUAAGAGAUUACCACUGAACUAUUGCUAUUUGGCUAAAUUCAUUUAUUUAUUUGCUGUUAUAUUUUAUAAGUUUAUUUUUAUCUUAUCAUUUGGAUAUUUUAGAUAAUUAGAUGAAAAAUUCUUUAGGAUAUUUCAGUAAUUAAUGAUGAUGUUUUAAGUAUGCAUAUAUUAUAUAUAUUGUCUUUUUCUAAUGAAUUAUACAGUGAUUUAUGAUAUAUCUACACAAUAGUCAAUGAAAUGUCAACAUGAUAUUCUUUUUUUGGCAAGUCAACAUGAUAUAAUUUCUAUCUUUGUAAACUAUAGAAAAAAGUACAAUAUAUAUGUACGGGGAAUUCAACAAGGGCUUAUUGGUGGAAUAGAAAAAAAAAAGUUUUUUAGAGAGAAAGAUAGAAAGGAAAAAGAAGGAAGGAAAGAAGAUGGAAUUUUAAUUAGAUAAUGAAUUUUUUUUUUUUUUUGGUGUUAGUGAACUCAAUUUCCCAUUCAACAAAACAUGUGGUUCUUAUUUACAAAUGAUACGGUGCAAGCAUUUUAAGGUAUUCUUAUCUUUUAAAAUAAAAAAGAGGUUUCUAAAUUCAAAAAUAUGAGGUAUUCGUGUUGAUAGAAAAGUAUCUAUAGACAUCCACGUUAUAUAGUUUAAUUUUUUUUUAAACUCAAAAUUGUAUUAAAUCUUUCAUAAUAAAACACAUUGUAAAUUACAAAAACCGGCAGAAAAUAAUAAUAUAUUCGAAAGAAAUAGUUCAAAAGAAGAAAACAAUAACAAUGAGGUAGGAUAAUACGAAAAAUAAGCAUUUGAGAGCCACAUGUAUUAAAGCUGAAACUGAUGAACUGAUAAUAACUCCCAUACACUCUUAAAGAACAUUAGACCGAACAUAACCAAAAAGCAAUGACUUAGACAAACCCAAUCCUGAAGGGUACACCACCAAGCUAAAACAGGCGCAACAUUGGUACAAGCAUAUGCGAGGAUAAACUUACAUCAACACCAGAGACUUGCAAACCGGAGCCGAGGCAGAACCAAGUCAAAACCAAACACCUAGGCUCAAGGACACACGAACUUGAAACGUUAAAGAGAAAAACACCGGCGAAGAUUUACAUGUCUUAAACGUGGACACUCGUUAGACAGAAUAGCGAUCAAUAGAGCUAAAACUGGCCACUUCCUUGCAAGAACAAACAUGCAAAUCAAACCCACUGAUUCGUCUCGAAACGCUCGCCCAAUCCAUGGUGGAUAAAGGAGAGGUCUAGUAGAUACCUCCACAGCAAAUACACCUCACACCAACAAAUCCAAAAAGCUAGAACAAGACGAAAAACGAAUUGACCAUAAUUGCAAGCAAUCGAAGAGAAACAUAAGUACCACAACCCAAAUCUAAAGCAGCCCUCGACUUGACAACAAAGACGAUUCAAUAGAUCCUGAUCGUCGAAACGGGUAAGAGAUAUAAACCAACGAGAAGGAGACCCUACAAAACCACCAUAAACCAUACAAAACCUAGAUUAAACUAAAGAGAAAAAGGAGAUCCUCUCUCACGUAGCGGCAGUGAGAAGCACCGCCAAUCACAGAGGGAGAUUGACGACUAUGUAAUUUUAUUCUUCUUUUCUCUCUCGUAAGGCGGUAUGACCUAAUUUCACAAUAUAAAUAUUCUAUAGAUAGUCUAAUUAAAAUGUCUAAUAUAACUCUCAGAAGAUAAAUAUUUGAGACUUAUUAUAUAGAAGAAGAAUUAAAUUCCUUAGACAUUAUUUGAUAAGUGAUUUGUCACAUAUUCUAUCUACAGUCACUCUCACAAAAAAAAUAUGACAUGACUAUUAAAAUUGAUGACAUAACAUAUCUGA